CCUAUCACUCUUGUACCAGUGAUAACAUUUAUCCGGGACGGAACAAUUCCCAGAUGGCUGCUUAGUGGACUUGAAGUACUUGAAGACAAGUUCUGGAAACUGUGGACUGAUGCAAACAAUUUCAAAAUCUCAGGUGUAAAGUAAAAAUGGUGCAGAAAUAUCAGUCUCCUGUUAGAGUCUACAAAUAUCCCUUUGAGCUCGUCAUGGCGGCUUAUGAAAAACGCUUUCCCACUUGCCCUGAGAUCCCUGUUUUCCUGGGUAGUGAGAUCCUUCGGGAAUCCAAGAGCGACGACGGAGCCAUUCAUAUCACUGAACGAAAUUGUAAAUUGAAUGUGGAUGUGCCUCGGUUGCUGAAGAAGAUUGCUGGAGUGGAGUUUGUCUUUUUCAUACAGAAAAACACAGUGAAUUGGAAGGAGAGAACUCUUCUUAUUGAAGCUCAUAAUGAGACAUUUGCCAGUCGCGUCACUGUGCUGGAGACAUGUAGCUACUCAGUCCACCCUGAGAAUGAAAACUGGACAUGCUUUGAACAGUCUGCAUCUCUUGACAUCAAAUCAUUCUUUGGCUUUGAAAACACAGUGGAGAAAGUUGCAAUGAAACAAUAUACAGCCAACAUCAAGCGGGGCAAAGAAGUGAUAGAACAUUAUCUGAAGGAACUGAUUUCCCAAGGUAUCACUUUUAUUCCCCGGUGGACUCCUCCAGCAGUCAGGGGGAAACUGGAUCAGAGGACUCCAUCAAGAUGCAGUAGUAGCACAGUACCAGCAGAAUCCCACACACAUGGAAGUGAUAAAGAACAACGAGGCAAUGCCUGUCCUUCUGUGGAGGCAUCCACUCCUGAUGCUGACAAACUAGAUGCUGAUUACAUAGAAAGGUACCUAGGACAGUUGACUCCCAUGCAGGAAAGCUGCCUGAUCAGGCUCCGUCAGUGGCUGCAAGAAACGCACAAAGGCAAGAUUCCCAAAGAUGAACAUAUCCUCCGGUUUUUGAGGGCUCGUGACUUCAAUAUCGACAAGGCUCGAGAGAUGCUCUGUCAAUCAUUGACCUGGCGCAAACAAUACCAAGUAGAUUAUAUCCUGCAAACUUGGAGGCCGCCAUCUCUUCUGGAGGAGUAUUAUACUGGUGGAUGGCAUUACCAGGACAAAGAUGGAAGGCCCCUCUACAUACUUCGACUGGGCCAGAUGGACACCAAAGGUCUUGUGAAGGCUCUGGGAGAAGAAUCACUCCUUCGUCAUGUACUGUCAAUUAAUGAGGAGGGACAAAGGAGGUGUGAGGAAAACACCAAUCUCUUUGGCCGCCCCAUCACAUCCUGGACAUGCUUGGUUGACCUCGAAGGGCUGAACAUGCGUCACCUUUGGCGCCCCGGAGUGAAAGCUCUGCUUAGAAUUAUUGAGGUUGUUGAAGACAACUAUCCAGAGACUCUCGGGAGACUUCUGAUUGUGCGAGCGCCCAGAGUGUUCCCCGUUCUGUGGACUCUAGUUAGCCCCUUUAUCAAUGAGAACACCAGACAGAAGUUCCUCAUUUACAGUGGCAACAACUAUCAGGGUCCUGGAGGGCUUGUAGACUACCUCGACAAAGAUGUGAUUCCAGACUUCCUCGGAGGAGAAUGUGUGUGUAAUGUGCCUGAAGGUGGUCUUGUCCCCAAAUCACUCUAUCAAACAGAUGAAGAGUCAGAAAUUUCUGAUCAUAUACGUCUUUGGACGGAAACCAUCUACCACUCCGCAAAUGUCUUCAAGGGUGCUCCACAUGAGAUCGUUGUGGAGAUCUUGGAAGGUGAAUCGGUGAUUACCUGGGACUUCGAUAUCCUGAAAGGAGAUGUAGUAUUCAGCCUCUUCCAUUCCAAGCGAGCGCCUGAGACCAGUCGGAAGGAGCCUACAGUGCCAAAUGCUUUGUCUGCUGGGGAUAAUGUGCAGCUCAUUGGCAAGAGCUGGGUCCUGGGAGUGGACUAUAGCCGUGUGGAGUCCCCACUCAUCUGCCGGGAAGGUGAAAGUAUCCAGGGUUCCCAUGUGACUCGCUGGCCUGGCUUUUAUAUCCUCCAGUGGAAAAUGCACAACCCAAUCCCUUGUGCUGGGACCAGCCUCUCUCGGGUUGAUGAUGUCCUGGCUACACUCCAGGUCUCUAACCACAAGUGCAAGAUUAUGUAUUACUAUGAGGUGCUUGCCUCCAAGGAUUUCAGGGGGUCCAUGACAAGUCUGGAAUCUUGCAACAGUGGGUUUUCACAGCUCAGUGGAGCUACAACAUCUUCUAACCAGUCGCAGAGCAGCUCUCUGAUUUCUAGAUAGCACUAUCUCUGAGUGUGUUAAAAGCAAAGAAGAAAACUGCUAGGCCUAGAUGCUUUUCUCAGGUCUGACCUGACGAUUGAGCCCAAAAGCCCUGCAUCUGAAUGGCGAGGCCUAAGGAUGGCCAUCCAGAAAACCACGAAGAACAGAAGUCAGGACAUAACUGUGUUUUGAGGGAGCUGCUUGAAAUCCUCAUUUUUCAGGAAUAAUUGCACAUCGUGAAGACUGGUUUUCUCGGGUUGUGUAUUAACAGACCUGUGCAGUAGAAUGCAUAUCAUGUUUUGCAUGAAUUUUACAUGAUUCCUAUGGUUAAAGGGCUCUUCCAGUCAGCAUAACUCUACACUAAUGUAGAGCUAUGUGGCAUUGCCUUACCUACUAGGACCUGUAGAGCUGUCUUUUCUUGUGUAGCAAAAAUUAAGUCUUGGGACAUAAACAGUGCCAUUUGAUUUAUUAAUAAGGUGCAGAAGGUGCCUCAGUAGCAGGGAUUAGAUGCAAACUGCUAGCAUGUACAUAAAUAGGUGGGAGGGGGGGUAGACUAGGUUUCUAGGUUACUUCAAGUAGGAAAGUUAAUCUCAGAGGUCACAUACCUGGAUAUUGCUAGCUAACACACUUUGGCAUCCCUUAGAGGGCCAGAAGCAUUCACAAGUUUUCCUGCAGUGCACUGAAAUAGCUUCCUUCUUAAAGGAGUAAACACUGAUUCCCCCCAUUUUCCCCCUCAGGUCUAUGAGCAAUAAAUGAGUAGAUCUCUGCCCUAUCCCUGUCUCGGGGUAGGAAAUGAGUUCCAUUACAAAGGGCUACGCAAAGCAAUAUUUACUUUCUACAGGCACAAAACUCUUCCACAGUGUUGAAGAAGCUAUUAUUUAUUUUGAAAGCAGGAGUUGACUCAAGCUGGGGUGGGCACUUUAAGUGUGUUUGCGGUCAAGUGGUGGGUGUACGUGUGUGUGCAUGUGUGUUACGCCUGUGUGCGUGUGAAACUUGUAUUCUUACAGCAUAUUUAUUCAAGUAAGAUUAAGACGUUAAUAACUUGUAUCAUUUUAUAGCUCAGAUCAAUGAUUUAUUAAGGAAUAUUCUCUUUUCCGUGCUGAACUCUUGGGGCUGAAAAGGGAUUUUGUGUGUUUGUGUGACCAUCUUCAGCUUUAUAAUAUUUUGCUAAAACAUGCUUUCAUAACUGGAUGUUUUUGGAGCAUAGAGCUCCGUUACAUAGAAUUAACUAUACUGGUCUCCCCCAUUUAAUCAUUUGGAUCUAAGGGUUUGAUUUAUAAGCCCACUUUGUAACUGGAGGGAUUGCUUUGUUGAAUGAGGCCAUGAAUUGUCAAGGGCUUUUUGUAAGUUAUUGAUGUUAUGGGGGGAAACUUAAGGACUAAACAAUUUUGUUUUUUGACUAGGCGUGACACAGAGAGGAUAUGAUUGCUAUUUACACUGAAAGCAUAGUUAAGGUUGAGGAUGCCUCUGAACAUGAAUUCUCCUUGGCAAGGUAUAUAUUUUUUUUCCCUGUACGUAGGUAGAUUGCAGUCCAUCUAGACUCCAAAUGCCUUUGCUUGUUUGCAUGUGCAUUGCUUUUCAGGGGAAGAAGAGGAAUUAACCUGGGCCAGUCAUCAAUUAACCUGGGCCAGCCCUUUUGUUUCUAAGUGCAAAAGAACCAGAGGGAAUCAGCUGCCCAACCUUGUCUUGAAAGCCUAAUUCCCAGGAAUCCUUUCGAGGAAAUGGCUGUAAUGCAUAAAUAUCCUUUUUAAAUUGCUGUAUCUUAGGGCAAGACUAGAUAAUGUACCUGACUACAUCUUGCAGCGUUCUGUGUAUGGUUAGUGAUCGGUAACCUUGGGACAAAUGGGAGGUUGGGAGUGAGGCAGUUUUAAGCAGAAAAAGAGCCCACGGGGGUAGGAUUAGGCACAUACACAAGUGCUUUUGUGCCACCCACCCACAGCAGCUUUUGCAGGCUGCUUUUUUAUUUAUUUGUUUGUUUGUAUGUUUGUAAAAAGAACAUGAACCUAUAUUUAUCAUUUACUCUGGACAUUAAAGCUAUUAACUUAGUAUUCAUGUACUAUAUAUUGACUUUAAAGCAGUGGUUCUCCACCUUUGGCCUUUCAAAUGUUUUGAUCUUCCAACUCCCAGAAGCGUCAUCCAGUAUGACCCCCGGUCCGGCAUUCUGGGAGUUGCGAAGUUCAAAACAUCUAGAGGAACAAAGGCUGAGAACCCUUGCUCUCAAGCAAAAGGAAGCUGCGUUCUCUUUGAGACUGAAUUGUGAAUAGAACGUCUCAACAGUGUUGCGGUAACAUGUUGGUGUGAAGGGAGACACACCAAGUGAUUACGUGUUUUUGUUUUAAAGACUCGCACUGGAAAGCGGAAGUGGACAACUGGGAUACUCCAGAUGUUUUGGGGAUUGCAGCUCCCCUAAUCCCUCUGCAUUGGGUAUGCUGGCUAGGGCUCAUGGGAGUAGUAGGCCAUCAAAAUUUGGAAAGUCACAGUUGUCUACCCGUGUUGUAAAAUAAGCAUAUUAUGGUUCGACGGAGGACAACACACUGUUCUUUUUUGAAAUUGCUUGUUAUGUAGUUUACCCUGAAACUGAGAAAUGCACAUGUUCAAAAGAAGUAUAAUUUUUCAAAUAUCAAACUUUGAUUUUCCAUUUUUGAUAAGGGAUGCCAUUUUGCUAUGUCAUUAUAUUUAAGGGGACUUGAGCAUCCACGGAUUUUGGAACAAAACCCCAAUGGAUAGCAAGGGUUCAUUGUAAUAACUCUCAAAUUCAGAAGUAGUAUCCCAUUGAAUAGUUCUUGAGAAUAACUGGAGCUUGGUUUCUUUGUACGUUAGUGGAGGCAUUCAGUUGGCCGCUGGGGAAAGAAUAAUACGAUUUAUUUAUAUCCCACCUUUUCCCGAAGGAAUCAAGGCGGGUUACAAUAAGAACAAAAUGAAAUACCGUAUAU